AAUGUUCAAACUCGAGCUUUUAUCAGCUGUGUGCAAUGCAUUCAAGAAGGAGGGCGGGUAAUAUUCACAGCACUUUCGACUUCAGGCUGUUUCCCUUAGGGGCUUCUGGGUUUACUUGUAACAUUUUAUCUUAUAUACAGCAUAGAGCGGCAGUUUUCUGGUAGCGAAACAGUAGUGAAUCGCAUAUACUGAAGCGUACUUUCUGCCGGGGUUGUUUUGUAGUCCGUCGCGUGGAAUCCAAAUUACACACGAUCCGAUAAGAGUUCACUAGGCGAUCGUUUCUGGGACGUUGUUACGCUGUUUUUCCUACUUGUCUACGUGUAUUUGUGGUGUCGCCAAUUCCAUCCGGUCUGCAAAGCAGCCUGAACUGCUCGUGGAUGUUAACUGUUACUUUGUUGAGGGGGCGAACCGGUCUCGGCUGCUCUCCCUUUGUUUGGGCUCAGGACUCGGCUGAAUCCGCUGGGCUUCCGUUUCAAACGUCUCGUUCGACCCCGCGAACGCUAUUUUAGGAUGGCUCCACAAAAGCACGGAUCGGGUGGGAAUGGUUUUUAUGGCAACAGCGCGAGUAAAGCCGCUAAUGGAGGAGCGCACGCAUCGUCCGGUGUUGUGAUGACUUCAGUCAAGCGACUCAAGAUGGAGCAGAUCCAAGCCGACCACCAACUCUUCCUGGAGGCGUUCGAGAAACCAACUCAAAUAUACAGAUUUCUUCGCACAAGGAAUCUCAUAACUCCAAUUUUCCUGCACCGAUCUCUUACAUAUAUGUCCCACAGAAACUCGAGAACAAAUUCAAAAAGAAAGAGCUUCAGUUUGAAUGAUCUGCUGUUUAAAGUGGAGAAGUCAAAAGUGGAUCCAGAAUCUCACAGUGUGGCAUCAAACCUGCAACUCACUUUCACUGGAUUCUUCCAUAAAACUGAGAAGCAAUUGCAGAACUCAGAGAAUGAAGAAAACUCUGUGUCUGUAGAAGUGCUACUCGUCAAGCUCUGCCACAAGAAAAGAAAGGAUGUUACUUGUCCAGUGAAGCAAGUGCCAACGGGUAAAAAGCAGGUUCCUCUGAACCCAGACAUCAGUCCAACCAAGCUGGGAGGUUUUCCCACUCUGAUAGUGCCUAGCCACGAGUUUGAGCCUGUUAACAGCAACACGGUGAAGUCCUACUCCCUUCUGUUCAGAGCGUCUCGUCCAUGGGGAAGAGAGCACAAUGGCAUGACCACCAGAGAUACCAAUGUUAUCGAAGAGCUGUCUAACAGGAAGAAGAGAUACUGCUCUCAUCAGGAUGAUGGAGAAACUACAUUUGUGGCACAAAUGACUGUUUUUGAUAAAAAUAGACGCCUCCAGCUUUUGGAUGGUGAAUAUGAAGUCUCCAUGCAGGAGAUAGAGGAGAGCCCUGUAGGCAAGAAAAGGGCAACUUGGGAAACAAUAUUAGAUGAGAAGUGGGUUCCCCCCUUUGAGACCUUUUCUCAGGGACCAACACUGCAGUUCACUUUGCGAUGGACUAAUGACACAGCGGACAAAGCGACAGCACCGGUGGCUAAACCGCUGGCCACACGCAAUUCUGAGGCCAGCACAGUAGACAGCAGUAAAACUAGUAAUGUAAAGCCACCACAGGCUGUAGCAGUUAAUGACUCUGUUGGCACUGAUCUACCAGUAAGAAGAGAACAAACUCACAUUGAACCUUGUCAGAAACUACGUGUUUAUUAUCAGUUCCUGUAUAACAAUAACACACGGCAGCAGACAGAGGCCAGAGAUGACCUGCACUGUCCCUGGUGCACGCUGAACUGCCGUAAGCUCUACAGCCUCCUCAAGCACCUCAAGCUCUCGCACAGCCGCUUCAUCUUCAGCUAUUCGCCUCAUUCUAAAGGAGCCAGGAUAGAUGUGUCAAUCAAUGAAUGCUAUGACGGGUCUUACGUGGGCAACCCUCAGGACAUCCUCUGCCAGCCUGGCUUUGCCUUCAGCCGUAAUGGUCCAGUGAAGAGGACUCCAGUUACACAGAUUCUUGUCUGCAGGCCUAAGCGCUCAAAGCCCAGCCUCUCGGAGUUCCUGGAGCCAGAGGAUGGAGAGCAGGAGCAGCAGCGGACGUACAUCAGUGGCCACAACCGCCUGUACUUCCACAGUGACAGCUGCACGCCACUUCGACCACAGGAAAUGGAAGUGGACAGUGAGGACGAGAGGGACCCAGAUUGGCUCAGGGAGAAGACUGCUAUGCAAAUUGAGGAGUUCACAGACGUCAACGAGGGAGAGAAAGAGGUCAUGAAACUGUGGAACCUGCUCGUGAUGAAACAUGGAUUCAUAGCUGACAACCAAAUGAAUCAGGCCUGUAUGUUGUUCGUGGAGCAGCAUGGCACCAUCAUGGUGGAGAAGAAUCUGUGCCGAAACGCCCUGCUCCAUCUAAUCAAUAUGCACGACUUCGGCUUGAUAACCACAGCAACCAUCGACAAGGCCAUGACUCACCUGAGAGAUCUCACACAGCAAUCCAUAGCGCAAGACUGACAGUGGUGAAUCAGCAUUCCGAAUUUACUGAAGACCCAGAGUCACUGAAACACUCUGUCAGACGCCUCCCUGGAUAUGAACACGCUCUGCGCUCUCUCCCAGUUAAAGAUGUUGAGUUGGCAGCAGUUGUGUGGUUAUACAUGGUCAUGAAGUCAUCAGAAGACUCAGUUUCGAUGUCAAUUUACUUGAAGAUGCCGUUCGUCUUUAUGGUGGACUGUACAAGCAGGUCUGAUUUGUAUAUAUUUUUUUUCUCCACAUUCACACAGCCCUGCAGCUCUUGCAGGUUUUUAGCACUUGUUUUAGGUGCCCAUUUUUAAAAGAACUAAGAAGAUUGUUUUUUAAUAUAUUUUGAAUACCGAUGGACUCAAAUAGCUCCUACACGCUUGGUUUUAUUGCUUUUUUUUUCACAGGGGCUCACAAACUCUUUCGGAAAACUUGAACAUUUUAGUUUUGCCAGUGUAUAGGGUUGUUUUUCUUUGUGUGUAGGUGGUUUGUCAAUGUUAAACUACAUUUUUUUUUUUUUUUUUUUUUCUCGGAACUUCUCUGGACCCAAAAUAGUUUGCUCUGAUCUGGUGCUUGAAGUAAAUCCAUACUUCAAAUGAAACGUUUUUCAUUGGAUUCUCAGAUUGAAGCCGUCUACAUCUACACUGCAGUGCUUAUCAAGUUCUUCAGAGCCUUAAUUCCACUGAUUUUGUAACACAGAGACGUACAGGGUACUAAAGCCUUGCGGAAUUGUUUACACUUGCCUUACCCAUGGAAACAUGGACUUUAAGCAGGGUUUGAACUUUGGUGUAAAUCAUUGUGAAGCGGUUUCAUUUGCUUGUUUGAAUAAUUUCAAUGACGAUUUACUGCACACAACACAUUGUGGAGGUAAAUCUUUUAGUUUGAUCACAGUGCUCUACUGGUUUUCAUGGUGCCCAGGUGUUUCUGAGGAAAGCUGUUGUAUAAUGUGUGUGUAUAUAAAAGUUUGAUGGCGAUCUGCAUUCCAGAAGGAAGAUUAUUUUAGACCAAAGUGACAUUUGUCUAGUUUCUUCAAAGUUUGCAUACUUGUUUUUGUUGUUUGCGUCGGUUUUAAAACAAAGGGAUCUGCUUUAUUUUGUGCACUGGUUUUAAAAUAAUGUUUCUGCUCAUUAUUGGAGAUCAAUUACUUAACUGGCUGAAGCAGUUGUGUAACUGCAGUUGUGUAACUCUCCUAAUACAGCAUCUGUUACACAAGAUGUGGAUUGCUGAUUAAGAAUGAAUGUCAAAAGAUAUUUAUAUCAUCAAUAUGAUAGGAACAUUAUGAAACAUGCUUGUGUUUCGGAAUUAUGCUGCAGCAAGUGCUUGAGGUUGCUCUUUAUUUAAAAUAAAGAUAUUGUCGUUUUGUUUUGCCAUUGA